GGCUGAUCGAAAGAUGCGGCUCUGUGCGCAAUGCAAUGCGGCUGCUGCCAUUAGCUGCCGUGGAACAUUGCACCAACCACUGGCGUCUUAAAACUGCAUGCGACCAAAAUUUUGAAUCCAUGGCUCCGCAGAUAUCGACCUGUUGAGCAUCAACAAAAUACCGAAGACAUGUUUGCAGUCAAAGGAUGGGCCGUCGAUGCGAGCGCAUUGAAGCCUCAGUCAGAACCAUUCAGGAACAAUGUCAACGCCCCGACUGCUGAUGCGUCGGCCGACGGCGCAGAUGCGCAAGAAAGUCGGAGAAAGCGGAAACGAGGCGGCGAGCCAGCAGCCCAGAAUAUGGAUGUCGGGAAGUUGUGGGAACAACACAUUGAGGGCAAAAAGCCAAAGAAGGUGAAGACACAAGAAAAAUCGAAACCGGAAUUGCCGGUCGUGAAGGUAGAAGCGCCCGUCGAGCCUCCAAAGCCGGCGCAGGCGAAGAAGAAGAAUGCUGCGCCCCCGGUUGCGGCAGAGGAGCCUUCGCAGAAACGCGCAAAGUCGGAGAAGAAGUCAAAAGAGAAGGCGCGCAAGGAAUCGGAUAAGGCUUCCAAUGGCGUACAAUCUCGCUCAGAUCAGCAACAAAAAUCAAACGGAAAGAAGUCAGUCGUGAAGGUUGCAGAACCUUCAGCGCUCAAACUCACGCCUAUGCAAGCCGCAAUGCGCCAAAAGCUGAUUUCAGCACGAUUCCGACAUCUGAAUGAAACGCUGUAUACCGAGCCGUCAGCGAAGGCGCUGGAUCUGUUCAAUCAGAAUCCCGAGAUGUUUGAGGACUACCAUUCCGGGUUCCGGCAGCAAGUCACCACCUGGCCCGAGAACCCCGUGGACACCUUCAUCAGUGUGAUUCGUUUGCGUGGAAACGUGCGACUACCAUCGCAGAAAAAGGUCUUCCGCAACAAAGGAAAACCGAAGGAACCCGAGCUUCCGCCAGCCAAUACCGAUCGGUCUGUCGUACCGUUGCCUCGCACCAAAGGUACCUGCAUUAUCGCCGAUUUGGGCUGCGGCGAUGCACGGUUAGCGCAGACUUUGAAGGAUUCCGGUGACGGUGCCAACUUGAGUUUACGAGUGCAUUCAUACGAUCUACAUUCACCAUCGCCGCUGAUCACCAAGGCCGACAUCUCCAACAUUCCUAUCGGUGAUGGCAGUGUCGAUGUCGCAAUAUUCUGUCUCGCUCUCAUGGGCACGAACUGGAUCUCAUUUAUUGAAGAGGCUUACCGCAUUCUGCAUUGGAAAGGCGAACUGUGGAUCGCAGAGAUCAAGUCCCGCUUUGGACGAAUCGGUCGCGCCGGGAGAGUUGUUGAACACAGCGUCGGCGGUAAGCGGAAGAUGGCCGCGUUGAAGAAAGCACAGGACGCGAAGAAGCGAGAAGCGGACGAUGUCAACGAGCAGGAAGUGCUGUCUGUGGAGGUGGACGAAGUACCGGUCAAGAAUGAGGAGACGGAUGUGACUGCCUUUGUCGAGGUUCUGAAGCGUCGUGGAUUUUUGCUUAAAAACGAGGAGAGCAGUAUUGAUUUGAGCAACCGGAUGUUCGUACGCAUGGAAUUCGUCAAAGCGGCGGCGCCGACGAAGGGUAAGGGAAAACCGGAUGAGCCUGCCCGACCGUCUCAGCCCAAGUUCAGAACGAAGGCUAAGUUCCUCGACGAGGACAACAACGAACCGGCGACGGAUGACGAGGCUAAAGUGUUGAAGCCAUGUUUGUAUAAAAUCAGAUAGAUCAGAGGAGCAGCAUCACUGCUUAUGAAAACGCAGAGCAUGCCAUGAUAUUCAUAAAUACCAGUCGCUUCGUGGAUGAGCGCA